CUACUAUCACUUGAACUACUCCUUAAAAUUAGAGCCACCACUCGACCGAGGAUGCUGUCUUUUUCUAAACCCACCCAUUAACAGGAACAGGUUUGUUUUUGGCUAGGCUGUCUUUUUCUCUCUUGGGUAUGGUUUUUCUGCAGUGGAUAUUGCAUGUAAUUUUCAUAUCUUUAUUUUUAGAAUCAGUUGGGUGUGUGUGUGGAUGAAACGGCCUUUUUCGCAGCAUCACCACCACUAGUUUCAAUCGACAAAAGCAAGCAGCCAAAUCCACUCUCAGCUCCCCCCCAAAAUUGGGGAAAUGGAAAAAAUUUACACUCCUCUGGUCAUACUCAUCCUCCUCUAUAUUCCAUGGCCAAGAAUCUACCUGAAUAAUCCCACAUUCUCCUCUCCCUCUCCCUCUCCCACUUUCUCUCUCUACUCCCUCUUUAUCUCACUCUUUCUAUCAAGCAUGACCACCUCUUACUGUCUAUCUUCCACCAGAAACACCAUCUCACAAGAAGCUUUCUGGAUUCACAAUUCCCAUCUCUACCUCCCCAAGCAUAGGCCCUCUUUCUUUUCCCAUGUAACCCAAUUUCCCAAGAAAGAGACUUUAAAUCCAAAGCCUCCUAAUCCCAACAGCUUUCUCUCUCUUCUGAGAUUAAAGCCUUAUAAGUUUACCUACCCAUCUGCUGCUUUAUCAUCUUUUGCUGAAGCAGAAGGUGAAGAAGGUCAUGAAACAAAACCCAAAGAACAUGAACAAGAUGCGAAAUCAAACGAUGAAUUGCAAGGAAUGGCAGACGCCUUCCACAUAUCUUCUAGGACAGCUUCUGCUAUAUCAAUAUGCAUAGCAUUGGCUGCUCUUACUUUGCCACUUUUCAUGCAGUCUUUAGGCCAAGGAUUGGCCUUGAAGACAAAGUUGUUGUCAUAUUCUAGUCUCAUAUUGGGUUUUUACAUGGCUUGGAAUAUUGGAGCCAAUGAUGUGGCCAAUGCCAUGGGGACCUCGGUGGGUUCUGGUGCUUUGACUCUCCGGCAGGCCAUGUUGACAGCGGCUGUGUUGGAGUUCUCUGGAGCUUUGUUAAUGGGGACUCAUGUGACCAGUACAAUGCAGAAAGGAAUCCUUGUUGCCAAUGUUUUUCGAGGGAAGGACUCUUUACUUUUCGCCGGUUUAGUCUCUUCUUUGGCUGCUGCUGGUACUUGGUUGCAGGUUGCAUCAUACUAUGGAUUGCCCGUCUCGACCACACAUUGUAUUGUAGGAGCCAUGGUCGGAUUCGGCCUUGUCUACGGGGGACCUGGUGCUGUCUUUUGGAGUUCACUGGCAAGGGUGACUUCCUCAUGGGUGGUCUCACCGCUAAUGGGAGCAAUGGUGUCUUUCCUUGUCUACAAAUGCAUCCGCAGGUUUGUAUACAGUGCUCCAAACCCAGGACAAGCAGCUGCAGCAGCUGCACCCAUCGCCGUCUUUGUGGGUGUUACUGGAAUCUCUUUUGCAGCCUUCCCUCUUAGCAAGAGCCUCCCUCUAGCUCUAAUGCAGGCUUUGGCCUGUGGCACUGCUGGUGCAGUCCUGGUCCACAGAAUCAUCCGACAACAGCUUGGUCACCUCCUUGUCAAGUCCAAUUCAACAGCACCAGAGACAAAAGGGGACUCCAUUCAAACCAAAAACAGAGGAUUUCUAUCAGCUGAAAUCACAGGACCUACAGGAACUCAGCUGGAAAUAGUUUAUGGAGUCUUUGGCUACAUGCAAGUCCUAUCAGCCUGUUUCAUGUCAUUUGCCCAUGGUGGAAAUGACGUCUCCAAUGCCAUAGGCCCUUUGGCCGGAGCAUUAUCGAUUCUUCAAGGUGGGAUGAGUGAAGCCAACAUAGUAAUUCCUAUUGAUGUUCUUGCAUGGGGAGGAUUUGGGAUUGUGGCAGGGCUUAUUAUGUGGGGAUAUCGAGUGAUCGCUACGAUCGGGAAGAAAAUCACAGAACUCACUCCUACUAGAGGUUUUGCAGCCGAGUUUGCCGCGGCUUCAGUGGUUCUGUUUGCAUCUAAGCUGGGACUACCCAUCUCAGCAACUCACACUCUAGUGGGUGCAGUCAUGGGGGUGGGGUUUGCCAGAGGACUCAAUAGUGUUAGAGCAGAAACUGUGAAGGAGAUUGUGACUUCUUGGGCAGUGACCAUCCCAGUUGGUGCCACCUUUGCUGUUAUAUACACAUGGAUCUUGACAAAGCUGUUGUCAUAUAUACUGUGAGUGUACAUUAAGAGAUUACAGUGCAAACUGAUGCUUGUGAUUAAUUAAAAAUCACCAGUUUUUUUUUUUUUAAGUGGUUUCAGUAUGAGUACAAUUCCUUGAUCUGGAGUGAAUUCCUCCAGGAGGAAAUUAAGGUAUCAGGUAUUGAGGGAGAAAUUUGGUUUUGGUCGUUUGAAUCUGAGAAGUUUUUACUCUUCAGAUAAUUUCCCAGUUAUUUUUGACUUCAUGUAGCUCUUAUAAGAUCAAGGCAAAAUGGAUAGCUAACUUCUUAAAUAGUAUUAUCUGG